CGUUAUUAGACUGACCUUAGUGCGAAGAAGCAACCCUGUCUAACUAUUCACCAGACAUGUCAGAAUCACCAGUCCGUGACGAGAUUGCUUCUAGCAAAGCUGACAAGACUGCUUCCAUCGAUGAGAACUCUAUCAAUUCCGAUGCUCACGAUGUGGAUCCAAAGAAGUUGGACAAGAUCUACAGAAAGUUAGACAGAAGAAUCAUCCCUGCGUUAUGGUGCAUGUACUUCUUGACAUCCUUUGGUGGUAAUGCAUACGGAAACACCUUGACCAUGAACAGAACUGCUGGACACUCCCUUCGUCAACAGUUAGGGUUGACCCGUAAGGAUCUUUCCACUGCCUCCGCUCUUUACUACGUUGGUUACAUUGUUUUCGAUGUCCCAAUGAACUUGAUCAUGACCAGGGUUAGUCCUCAAUCUUGGUUGGCCAGAAUUGUUCUCACUGUCGGUCUCGUUUACACCUGUUACUCUACUUUGAGUAACCCUGGUGGCUUAAAGGCCGUGAGAUUCAUCUCCGGUAUGGUUGGAGCUGGUACUUGGCCAGGUAUGAGUUACUACGUUUCCUUGUGGUACCCUAACGACAGAUCUACUAGAAGAAUUGGUUACUAUUUCACAGCCGCUCAAAUUUCUGCCGCUGUUGGUGGUUUGGUCAGUGCUGGUGUUCAAAAGAUUGAUGGUAACAGAGGCUACACUGGAUGGCAAUGGAUGUACUUGAUCUACGGUGUUAUUACCAUGGCUGUCGGUAUCUCCUUAUUGUGGUGGUUGCCAGACAGACCUUUCAAGACUGGAAAUGAGUCCACCAACAAGUUGAUGGUAUUUUACAACAGGUUCUUCACCCCAACCCACCCAUUGAGUGCAGAGGAAAGAGAAAUUCACCGCAGAGACAUCCAGCACAGAUAUGUGCUCUUGAAGUGGACUUUCAAGGACGUGGUCCAAGUCAUCACCGAUUUGAGAAUCUGGCCUAUCAUCAUCAUGUACUUCGGUGUCGUCGGUUGUGGUAUCGGUAUCAGUGUCUUCGCUGCUACCAUCAUCACCACCAACAACCCUCACCUUACUGACAUCCAGGUCAGUUUGUUGGUUGCUCCAAUCUGGUUGUUCGACUUGGCCGGUAUUUUGAUCAUGACUCCAUUUGCCGAUAAAUUCAAGAAGUUGAGACCAGUCAUCUUCUCCUUUGGCUGUUGUAUCAUCAUUUGUGGUUUGUGUGUGAUGACUUACGCGCACGGUUCCUGGAAGAAGUACGGUGGAUUGUUGAUCAGUGGUUUCGGUUUGGGCCCUACUGUUCCUAUCUGUAUGUCCUGGUCUGCUGAAAUUUUCCAAGAGAGAUACGGAGAUGUUGGUACUGCUGUCAGUGCUGCCUUGGUCAGUGGUCUUGGUAACCUUGGUUCCGUCACUGCCACCUACGCUUUGUACACCGGAUGGCCUGCUGACAUCAAGAGACAAUUCAAAUACUCCAACAUGAUCUUGGUGCUGAUGUUGGGAAUCAGUAUUAUUGCCUCUGGAGUUACCCACUUCUUAAGGGACAAAGUCAGACAAGUCAAGAACUAGUUCAUGGCUGCGUAAUCUAAAGCAUAAUGUUUGUGCUACUAAUACUUGAUUGAGGUGGAUCCCGUGAUCGGAUCUACCCCGAAUUACAUAAAAGAACAAUUAAUUAAUUUCGU